AUGGAGAGUAUCAAUAAUAACAACGAGGAUGAUAACUUGACUGAAUACGAGCGCCAGAGAAUCGCGCACGUCGCGAGGAAUAAGCAAUACAUGGCGCGUUUGGGAAUAACUGAUUUAGCCAUGGUUGUUCACAAUCACAACAACAAGAACAAAAACAACAACGAAGAAAAGAAGAAGAAGAGAAAGACGGUACCAAAACUGAGGACAGAACCGACGCGAGCAUCUUCGCGUAUUCAAAAGAAACCAGCGGAAUUAGACGGAUCAUUCAUCGAUGAAUACAGCGAACUCGAAAUGUGGAAAAAAGAAGCGAAAAGGAAAAAAAUAAGUACGAGUGACGACGAUGAAAGUAACAAAGAGAACCACGUCAACUCCACCGUGGAAGCGUUGGAAACGUCCCGAGAAUGGUUGGAAAACGCCCGGACGAUAUUAUUGAAGAGAACAACAUGCAAGAAGAAAUCCAACGGUAACGAAUCAUCAGCUAAGACGACGGCGAACGAGCACUGGAGACACGAGGCGUUGGCGAGGUGGGGCGACUGCGUACCGGAAAUAGAAGCCGUCGCAGACUGGAAAGCGUUUGUUACCUCGAGAUUGGGGACCCCUCCACCGCCGUCGCCAUACAUGUUGUUACAAGAAUAUUACUGCCACGACGGAUGGCAGUUGUUAAUAGCGGUCGUUUUGAUGAGUCGAGUUUCGAGCGCGGAUGUUAAACACAGGUGCAUAUCAGGCUUCUUCGAGAAAUUUCCGACUCCCACUUCGUUUCACAAAAAUGCGACGCCGGAUAGUGUCUUUGAGAUUAUUCGUCCUCUGGGAUUAUUUCCAAAUAGAAUGCGCGCGCUCGUUGAAUUGACCACCAGAUUUCUCUCCGAGUGUGGUAAAUUUGAAGUCGGACUCACCCCGGAGUUGAAAAUUUUUGGUAUCGGCGUCUUUGGAAUGGACUCGUACAUCGUGUUCUGUCAAGGCGAUUUAACGCACGAACCGGACGAUAAAAACGUGAAAGCGUUCGUGAAUUGGCAGCGCAAGAACAAAGUCAAAGUCGAAGAAGAGUAA